ACACUUGCAGGAGCAGGUGUUUAUGAUUUCAUCAAGAUUCGCUUUACCAGUUUUAUCAACAGUAGUUAGUUGUCAGUCAGAGUUACGAAUCUACUUAACAAAUCAAAAUAAUGGCUAAAAAAACCUAUGAUCUAUUGUUCAAACUGUUAUUAAUCGGAGACUCUGGUGUUGGGAAAACAUGUAUUCUAUUUAGAUUUUCAGAUGAUGCGUUUAAUACCACAUUCAUCUCUACAAUAGGUAUUGACUUCAAAAUCAAAACUAUUGAAUUAGAAGGAAAAAAAAUCAAGCUUCAGAUAUGGGACACUGCUGGCCAAGAAAGGUUUCACACAAUCACAACCUCAUACUACAGAGGUGCCAUGGGCAUCAUGUUAGUUUAUGACAUCACCAAUCCCAAAAGUUUUGACAACAUAGCAAAAUGGUUAAGAAAUAUAGACGAACAUGCCAACAAAGAUGUUGAGAAGAUGAUCCUUGGCAACAAGUGUGACAUGGAGGACAAGCGAGUAAUCCCCAAAGAGAAAGGAGAAGAUAUUGCAGCAGAACAUGGAAUCCGGUUCCUAGAGACCUCAGCCAAGGCAAACAUCAACAUUGAGCAAGCCUUCCUGGAGCUGGCGAGCGCAAUCCUCUCCAAGACCCCCGGCAGGGACCCCGCACAGCAGCCUGACUCUAAUGUGCGCAUCAAUGCUCAGAGGGAGAAGCCUAGCCAGAGAUGCUGUUAAUUUCACAAACUUGUGAAGAAGCAAAGUGUUUGUCUUGAUUUAAUUAGGACCGAGGCAACUCAGAUGACAGAACGGUUUUAAACUCGGGCAACAAGAUUAAUCUGCUUAACAAGAGGGCGUUGUAUUUAUUAAUUGGUACUGGAGAGACUAUAAUGUAUUUAGUUAGUUGAUAAUACAAUUAACAUGGCAUAAAGUAAGACAUCAAGGGCUUGAUUUAAUUAGAACAGGGAUAAUUCCUGUAUAUCUGGUCAGCUACUGAUCUGAUAGCAAGAUGAAGCUUUUAGUAUUUGGCAUUAUUUGAUAAGACUGUGUAAUUAACUUGGCGUUCUUCUCUCCUGGCACAUGCAACACAAUCGAGGGAAUUAAGCCCAUGUUUUUCCCCCAAAGGUUUUUUUGUGUUUGCAUAAUUAAUAACUUCAAUAAAGAACGUUAUGGAUACUAUUGCUUUAACUGGCGUCUUCCACACGCCAUAUGAUGUAGACUCCAUAGAGAAGGCAAGUUACUCUAGUGUCAUUUAAAUUGAGGGGGUUACUCUUCAGCUUGAUGGAAGGACGAGAGAGAAUGGCCAAUUGAUGAUGCAGUGGAACAAGUUGAAAGAUGUUGCACUGGCUGCACGUUGACUGUUACUUGAAGAGACUGCAAUAGCAGUAGUUUUGGGCGAUGAAACACAAAUUUGGCACUCACCUGGGACUUAGGAGGAGGGUAUAUACCAAGGUCUUCUAGUUUCUGGGCCUGGCAUUCACUAACAAUUACAAAAUUAUUGGGGGUAAAAUAAAUGUUAGCAGAAACUUGUCCCGUGCUAAAUAGCUGGCUUUUAUGAGCGGGUGUAAUUGGCUGCCAUGAGAAAUGACCGCGCUGGAAGAAGAGCGGCCAUUAAACUGCUCAGUUGUAGUUUGUUACUGAUGCCAUUAGCAGAAAAAUGGCAGCAAGCUAGGAUGUCACUAACAAUCAAUGUGUUCUAAAUCUUGAGUGAGCAAAGCAAUCUCCUCUACUUCUCGCUCAAAUGGAGUCCCGCUAGCUGCAUUUUUCCUCUUUUCGAGUGUCGAAACCAUAGCGGUGUUUGUUUGAAGCAAAAGAUAUGCAUCGUUUUCUAUUACUAUGUGUGAAAUAGCACUGCAAUUUGUCAACAAAUUGCUGCCACGUAUAGUGAAAAUAACCAAUAUUUCUGUAUUAUGACCAUUAAAUAAUUGUCACUCUGGAAAGAAAUACUUUCGUGAAGAGCUUGAGUGUCUAUAUAUGUAAUUAAACCUUAUUUGAGUUAUAGUUUUGUUUAUCUAAUGAUUUACUGUACACACAUCUGGGUUUAAAAGGGUGCUUUUCGCACGACUAUCGGUAUUGUGUAACUGCAAAUAACUGCUUUACCAGUCCGCUGGGAAGAUGGCAGGAACAGUUUGCACAUGCGCAGUGCGGGAAGCUGCUUUUGACCAGAUGAACUAUGCUGCUGUUGCGCGGCGUGAACAAUGGGCUGAGAAGAUUCUAAUUAUAGUAAGAUGCUUACAGAAUUAUUCUGUUAGGAUGGCGACAAAGAAGUUAGAAUUUAAGAAUUUCAAUUAGGCUAUAUAGAAGCUUUGGUGUGUUCGUGCGGGUGUUGUCCUCGCCAUUGUUGCGCCAUUUUCUAUGUUCAUUCAAAAAUGUCAACAGGCUUUUCUUCAACGGCAUGUGACUUUUAUGUGUAGAUACAUAGAUUUUUCAGUGCCUGUGGAUUAAACUAUGUGCGUACAGCAGCGAGCAUCCCACACUAACCUCAAUAUUGUCGACGUCGAUCCAAAAGAUGUUGGACUCGCACAUCGGCAGAAUCAGUGUCGUCGAGCCAUGUCUUGCCAACGAGAAUGUGCAUGGUUGCUUUUAACUCUCAGAUCGACUUUACGGCUGGACCUAUUAAGAACUCGGACACACUCCUCAGUUUUUACUGUAAUAUUCACCCGACCGAGGUCUUACUUGACAGGUGUAAUUAUUGAAGAACCUCGUCCUGCGCAUGAUAAUAGCUGUACAUUUCUACGGAAUGUUUAAGCACGACGGAAAAUGGCUAUUUGCUUGUUUCUUAAUUGAGAAGUGGACGUUCUUCACUCAAGAAAUUGUUAAACUAAAAUUUGGAAUAUGUUUGUAUUUCGGAUAAUAUUUGCUUUCAGAUAUAAGUCUAUGUAACUUUACAUGCACAAGAAGAGUGAUUUUAACUUCGGAGUGCUCAUCAUGCUGGAACACACGAGUCAUGGAGGCCUGAAGUUCUGGAAGCUUCGUCUGGUCAGGCUCGACGACGUGUUCUUGUAAUGACAACUUAACUAUUAGGAGUAUAGUUCAUUCAGAGAUGGUCAUUUAUUGUUGCGGUAAUUACGAACUAAUGCAGAAUUUCAUAAUAAAACAAGUCAAUUGGUCCGAAUAACAAUGAUGUAAUGUUUACCGCCGCGUCCGUAACUGUAAACCUGAUGGAGCCUGUCUCUGCAGCCGAGCUCUUGAUUUUUUGUAGAACAUUCGAGGAUUUCAUCAAAAUGUGUAUAGAUGCAUUUUUGGUAGCGCUGUCAACUCCGAGUUUUUAUGUCAUGUGAGUACUGUAAACUUUCUGGUAAGUUGAUUAAUAAAUUAUCACUCGUAAUAUCUGAAUAGUAAACCUAACUGAUCGAC